AUCGCUCAUCUCUAUAGAUUUGAUAAGCGUUGAUAAGCACAAUCAGUAAUCCUAAACUAUGUCGCAAACUGAGGAGUUCACCUUUCGCCGUGCUCAAGAUGAUGAUAUUAAAGAUGUGCUUUAUAUGAUCCAGGAGCUCGCUGACUUCGAAAAAAUGAGCAAUGGUCCUCAGCUAACCGAAGACGAUCUUAAAAGAGAUGCAGGACUAACUGGAGGUCAGGAGUAUUGUGAAGUCUAUGUGCUUAUAGACAAUGCCACCAAUCAGGCGAUUGGCUAUUCCAUUUGCUACAAGGCAUACUCCACCUGGCAGGGUCGUUACUUCUUUGUUGAGGACAUCUACGUUCGUCCAGAUCAUCGAAAGCGCGGCGCCGGAAAGAGAAUCUUCCUAGAGGUCUCCGCCAGGGCCGUUGAACUUCAAUGCCCACGACUGGAAUUUAACGUACUAGAAUGGAACCCCGCCCGUAAAUUCUACGAAAGACUUGGUGCUGUGGAUUUGACAGUCAAGGAAGGAUGGCACUAUUACCGUGUCGAGGAACAGCAACUGGUCAAAUUAGCCAAGGAUCUGGCUAAAAAUAAGUCUUGAUUUAGUUAAAUUUUAAAUAUUUAUACUUUAUAGUAGAAAGAUAAAUAAUUAAUAAUACUUGACCAUAGGCCUUAUACAAAUACAUAUGCUACGAGUA